CCUUCGCACCGAUUUUGCGGCCGCCUCAUUUCCAACCUUCGCCCUGAAUUCUCACCCACCAUCACAAUCGCCUUCGCCUCCCCUCCCCCCACCCACUCACGGUGCCGCCCUCCAACGGCGGAAACGUGAGGACAUGAAGUAAAACGUGGAGGCCGAAAGCAAUGCACAGGUAAACGCUGAGAGCGAUAAAGUCAGUCGAGGUCAGCAGGGGGGCAUGCGAAGGAAGCGGGUGAAUGAAGGUGAGUGGGGAGCGAGGGGUGAGAAUUAAGAGGGAGGUGAGAACUGAGAGCGUAGGAGGGAAAAGAAGUCGUGGAGAUGGGACGUCGCGGCGGGGCGUGUGUAGAGAACGAAAUCUUGAGCCGCAGUCUCGGCGCAAACGAAAGGGCAGUGUCCAAGCGUACCAACCACCCCAUCACGCAUUCGCAUCUGUCCAGGUUUUCUCCACGCACUGACCACGCCUUUUGCCGCCGCGGAUACCGCCUCUCCUCCCAACGUCCCUUCCUCUUCCCUCCAAUCACCUCAUCUACUUUGCUCCAGCGUUGCGGCUCGUUCACCACCUCGCGCGCAUUACUCGUUCCCUACCUCGUGCUCAUUACUCACUCCCCACCGCACCCCACCGCACCCUCUGCCCUGCCCUCCCGACCGGCUUCUCACCCCUUCCACGCUCGCAUCAAAGACAUAGCCGAGCGCUUCCUUCCUCCUCCACUCCACGCUCGCCUACAACACCCCUCGGCCCUCUUCGACGUCUCGCUUCUCACUCCGUCCGUCCACUCCCGCGCCUCCCCACUUCCCCCUCUCUCCCUCUCCCACUCCUUUGCUUCCCACCCCUCCUUCCGCCAUCGUCUCGCCCCCUCUUCCCUUCCGCCGCCUUAUUGCUCCUUCGCCCUCGCCCUCGCCCUCGCCCCCACCCCCUCUCCCAACCGGCCGACGGCGUUCCACUGAUGCCAUGGUUCUCGUCGCGAAGGAUAUGGUCAGCAAACGGGGAGCGGGCGUCGGGAGGGGAGCGUGGGACGGAAGGGUGAGAGGGUGUGGAGGGGUGGUAGGGGGGAGAGUCGAGGCGCGCAGGAUCGAGCGCGCUCACACGCGGGAGGAUCGUACGCGCUCACGCGCCUGAGCGGAGCGACCCUCACUCCUCCUCGCCGCGCUUGUAUCUCCUCUCCCUCCCUCCUCCCUUCAAUGUGUUCUCAACUCGCCUUUCCUCCUCCCUGCCACCGUCGUCCCCCCUUCCUCCCCCUACCAUAUCGCC